GAGAGAGAGAGAGAGAGAAUUGUUUAGAAGAGCAAGUUACGACGCAGGCAUUAUUACAAUUACGAUUUACACAUGUAAAUCACUAGUAAGGAUUGCGAGGGAGAUUCUUCUUCAACAAAGUAGCUCUGUAGAGUCUGUACGAUUCAGUUUCGCUUUCUGCAACAGUAUUGGAGAAUUAGAUCUCCAAUCAGAUGAGCUGGUUUACAGCUGAGGUUUGGAAGCUAGAUUAUGAUGGCUUUUUACAAGCACGGUAAUGAAAUGUUACCGGAGAGGAGAGGAGUUUUUAGUUCUGUUUUUAAGUAUCCUGAUCAAAGUGAACCGAGUCUGCGAGUCAUUCGUCGAGGGCGGAGGUUUGGUCGGAUUUCUGGACGAAGGCUGUUAUUUUGGGUGUUUUCACUUGCUGUGCUCUUCUCAAUCUUUUUGGCUGUUUUUGGCUUGAAGAUGCUCUUUCAUGGCAAAUUGGAAAGUGGCUUUUUAUCAUUCAAAGAAGUACAAGAAGAAUCAUCAUUGGGAUCUGAUGGUGCAGAGAAACCAAAAAGAAAGCCCCCUAGGCCACAUUUUUUUCCAUGUGAGGUCAGAUUUCGGGUUUCAGUUGAAGACCUUGUUGAACCCAAGGAUUUUACGAAUUUUGCACAAUUUUCCUUGGGAUAUGUCGAAAGAGAGGAGAAAAAUUCCUUGAGUCAUCCACUUGUACCAAGAUUUGGAGGACAUCAGACUCUUGAAGAAAGGGAGAAAUCAUUUCAUGCAAGAAAUCAAACAAUUCAUUGUGGUUUUGUGAAAGGACCCAUAGGUUUCCCAAGCAAUGGAUUUGAUUUGGAUGAGAAGGACCAAACAUACAUGCGUGCCUGUACUGUUGCCGUAUCAUCAUGCAUAUUUGGAAGCUCUGAUUUUUUGAGGAGGCCAACUAGCACACUGAUCAGUGAUUAUUCCAAGAAAAAUGUUUGUUUCGUUAUGUUUGUUGAUGAACAAACGCUCUCAAAGCUGUCAAUGGAGGGCAAUAUUCCGGAUGAUAGAGGACAUAUUGGGUUAUGGAAAAUAGUAGUUGUGAGGAACUUACCAUACAAGGACAUGCGGAAAACUGGAAAGGUGCCAAAAUUUUUAUCACAUCGUCUCUUCCCUUCUUCUAGGUAUUCCAUAUGGCUUGACAGCAAAAUGCGACUUAAUACUGAUCCAAUGCUGAUAAUUGAAUAUUUUUUGUGGCGGACGGGAUCAGAGUAUGCUAUUUCAAACCAUUAUACUCGCCACUGUGUCUGGGAGGAGGUACUCCAAAAUAAGCGUCUCAAUAAGUACAAUCACACAGCUAUUGAUGAACAGUUUAUUUUCUACCAGUCUGAUGGCCUCACUAAGUUUGACCCUUUGGACCCAAACACUCCUCUUCCAAGUUAUGUUCCUGAAGGCUCUUUUAUUGUCAGAGCCCAUACUCCAAUGGCAAAUUUAUUUUCAUGCCUUUGGUUCAAUGAGGUUGACCGUUUUACAUCACGUGAUCAAUUGAGCUUCGCAUAUACUUUCUUGAAACUGAAGAGAAUGAAUCCAGAUAGACCAUUCUUCUUGAACAUGUUCAAGGACUGUGAGCGCAGAGCACUAGCAAAGUUAUUUCGCCACAGAACAGUGUUAUCUCCACCUGCGCGUUGACAAGUUGAAAUUUUUAUGUUACUGUUUAUGCCUGGUAAAAUCACAUAUGCCUCGUCUUUUCAAUCACUUUUGAUUGAGUCGAAAAAUAGGUUUCUGUAGAAGUCAGAAAUUCGACUCCAGGGUUCGCGUAGGAAAAUCUUUCAUUCGUGAGUUUCCGAAUAUCCUUAUGAAUGUAGUGGUACCGGAGACCUAGAUCAUUUUUGGCCUAUGACCUGAUCAUGAUAUGGCAUUGAAGCCUGAACCAUUUACCAUCACCAUGCAAAGGCAUGUGAGGGACCAAAUGGUGAUUUUUGCACGUUUUGUUGAUCACAUAAAAGUUGGUCGCGGAUUUGAGCCCUGUCAUUGUGCAAAGUGAUGUAUUAAAUUUGGUUUCUGCAUAGAAAUUGUAAUAAAGGGAUUGAAUGAACUUGAGCAUCCCAUCCAAG